AUAAAUAAUGAUAAGACAACGAGAAGUCUGAAAGGUCAUUAAAUAAACGCCAUAGGUCAUAAAAACGGUUUCAAUCUUAUCUAUGUAGUGAGACCCACCUCAAAAUGUCAGCUCUGGUUGAAUAUAAAAAUAUAUAUAUUACUCAUGAGGAAUUCUGACAGUUUUUGAAGUGAAUAGCCUAUAACAAAACGUAAUGACAUUGCUAUGAAUUCAAAUUCUGUUUACCAACAUUUUCUGUCGUUAGUUUCAAAUUGGAGUUUAAUUAAUUCAAGCCAACGUUAAUUCAAAAAGUUAGUUUAAACGUGAAGUUCGUUAAAUUUUGAUAUCACAGUUCGUAUUUCUAUGAACAAGUUGUUAUUUCUAAGUUGAAUACAGUUUAUUAUUUAUGUAGGUACUGUUUAUUAUUCAACUUGUCCAACGUUAAUUUAAACCAUUUUGGUUUCAACGUGGGUUUAUUGAAUUUUGAUGUCACAGUUCGUGUUUCUAUGAACAAGUUGUUUUUUCCCCAAGUUGAAUAUCUCUUAUUUAUCUGUUGUUUCUGAAGAAUUGAAGUAUUUGUGGAAUUUAAAUUGAACUUAAGUUUGUUUGAAUCAUCAAAAUUGUGUUGAAUAUGUCUUUGGAUUGUUCUAAUUGUGAUCAGGAAGAGGAUAAAACCAAGAGGAGGCACUCCUUGAUUGAAAGGAAGGAAAAUGUGGCAAGUUUAAAUUCGAACCUUGAUAGAGAAGAAAAUAGGAAUGAUACAAGAGCUUCGUCGUCCUUCAGCCUACACUGUGCACAUGGAUGUGAUAAUAAACGAGUAAACACAGUUCCCAUUCUGGUAUUCAACUCAUGGCCAAAUCCCAAACUGAGUCAUUGCAUUGAAGAUGAUGAUGAUGAUGAUUAUCAUUUGCACAGCAAAUUGCAAUGUGCCACAUGCAGCGUAACAUGUAUACAGCAAAGGAUGCGGCAUCUCAGGCAUGAUUAUGAGGAAUUGGAAGACUCUACCAGCAACCUAAUAGCUGAGGCUCAACACCUGGUGGCCGAUCUGAGAGAUGUGCGAAAUUUGGAAAUUCUUCUGCAACUACAGAACGGAAAUUUGGAAAAUCUUCCGUUGCAAAAUCCGCCUUUCACAGCAAUGACACAAGAACCGUCUUCAAAGAAAACUAACCUUAUUGUUUAGUAUUUGUCAACUAUUAUAAUAGAGUGUUAUAAUUAUUUAUAAUAAAAUAUGUACCAACGCUAA